AUGAACGUAUGUGUAAAAUCAGACUUAAAGAUAACGUCACCCCAAAUAGACCAUAUUUUGAUAGAUAGCAACAGCAUUGGCGAUUCUGAUAGUACCUGGCGAAUCUUAGGGAUGUUUUAUCUACGGCUGCUGGUGAGAUUUGGAUUUGAGGAAAAACUGAAGCGUAAUUACUGGUUUGAUGAUGAAUGUCAGAGGGUCACUAAUGAGAAAAGUGAUGCGUACAGUUUAAUGCAACAGAAGUACACUCGCAGGCGUAGAGAAGAGUAUAAGGAGCGAAGAAGACGGCUG